UGAUGUUCACGCGCGCGCGAUCGAUCGGGAUCGAUCACGAGCAUACCAUGUCGACUCGAGUAGACGAGACGAGUCAACAAUUUUUGUAAACCUCCUUUGAUUGGAAUCAUGCCACGAAGGUGGAACCGUUGGCACAAACCCAGUUCCUGGUACUCAGAACCAUGGGGGAGGGGCUCUCAGUCCCAGAACAGCAAGAAAAAAUCACAGUCCAAGAAGAAGCGGAACUAUGGCAACCGUUAUUCCUUGACCGAAGCUCUCUCCUUAACCAUGGAUUAUUUGAGCCAGUCAACAUGGGAUGAUGGGAUAGAUGACAAUGAGCUCCUAGGGUUGGAUAUUCCCAUAGCAACGACCCAAGCUGGAACCAACGAUGUAUUCCUUGGUCAGGUCCUGGGCCACAUCGUUGGUCUGCAAUACUAUUCUGGCACGGUAAAUACAAAUGAGAUGGUGUCCCUUGUUCGAGAGCCUACUAACAGGUACGAUAAGAAUGCCGUGAAAGUGGAGAACAUAUGGGGGCAGCAAGUUGGUCACAUCAAGAGAGAGCUGGCUGAAGUAUUGUCGUACAUCGUAGACAAUAACUAUGCACGGAUUGAAGGAGUGGUACCAAGAGGCGCCAACAACAUGUACAAAAUGCCUGUCGAUAUUUCUCUAUAUGGUCCACAAAUAAACCAAACUGUAGUCCAGCAGAGGCUGAGGAGCCGAGGAUACAACAUCGGAAUGAUAGAGAAAAGAGCAGGACUAUCAAAUGCCCCAUCACAGACCAAGAGCAAGAAGUCUUCCACAUACAAUCCCAGAAGCGCCCUUGGGAAGUCGGUGACGCUGUCAGAGGCAGAGAUGAAGAAUGAAGUGGAUACCUUGUUCGACAAUCUCAAAUCUCAGGACAAAACUACUGAGCAAGAACCCAGUAAGUGGAUUGUAAGUACGAUGUACCCUCACCAGAAGCAGGCCCUCCACUGGAUGUUAGCCAGAGAGAGCGACGACAAGUUGCCUACGUUCUGGGACAAGACAGCGUCCGGUCUCUACCACAACUCCCUGACAAACUUCACCAGCGCCAAGCGACCAGACAGCGUGCGUGGUGGGAUCCUGGCAGACGAGAUGGGGUUGGGGAAGACUCUCUCCGUCAUAUCGCUUGUCAUGCAUGAAUUCGUGAUGCCAGAGUUCGCGGACCUCCCACCGGAGUGUGUUGGUCUUCCUCCAUCUUUGCCGAGCUUGCCCGAAGCAGAGGAGAUGGAUUGCAACAAGCCUUCGACAAGUCAGGUUACGCAGCAGAAUAUGAUAGAUGAAGUAAUAGUGAUCAAGGAUUCCCAGGAUAUACCUGUCAAUUCAGAGGAGGUGAUAGUAAUUGAGGAUACAUGUAGUCCAAGUCCCAAUAGUAAAGAUAUUAUUGUCAUUAAAGAUGAAGCGCCUGUUGUCACAAGUUCCUCAAACACUGCAGCAGUCACAGCCACCGGUAGACCCAAGAGGGCAAGUGCUGCUAAUGUAAAGUUUGUCUUCAGUGAUGAUUCAGAUGAUAACCCAUCACCUGUAAAGAAAGCUAAAAGGAAGCAGUCAAAAUCAGUCACAGUUCCCAAAGUAAAGGGUCAGAGUGCUACGAAGGGCAAAGGAAAGGGCAAGAAGACACCUGCAGGUGAUGCAUCAAAGACAUUAUCCACUAUCCAAGAAGGGGUCCCUCUACCAGGACUCGGCGUAACAGUCAACACAGUACCAGGUCCAUCAAUUGCCACAGGACCUGGCCCUAGUAAACCAAUCACCUCUCACACUGUAGAUAGCCGAUCAAUCAACUCAGUGCCGGGUCCUAGUCCAUCAAAUGCCUCAGGAUCUGGCCCUAGUAAGCCAGCCACCUCUCAUGCUGGAACUAGCCCAUCAAUCAACUCAGGAUCUGGCCCUCGUAAACCAGUACCAUCGAGCUCUUCGCCUGGUCCAUCAAAUGUUGCAGUACCUGGACCAAGUAAACCGACUGGAGUUGGGGUCAAAGGUCACGUUGGAAAUGGAGAUGCUAAGGGUCCCCGUACUACUCUCAUAGUUUGCCCACUGUCUGUACUUUCAAACUGGAUUGAUCAAUUCAGUGAACAUGUUUCUGAUGAGGCCCAGGUGAAUGUGUGUCUGUACUAUGGAGCAGAAAAGAAGAAACUGAAGGCCGAUUAUCUCAAGCAACAAGAUGUUGUCAUCACUACCUAUAAUACUAUGGCUGCUGAGUACAAGGCCAAGAAGGAGAAAUCUACCCUGCAGAAGGUUGAGUGGCUUCGGAUAGUUCUGGAUGAAGCCCAUACCAUCAGGAAUCAUGGCACCCUCCAGACACAGGCUGCACACGCCCUCACUUCCAAAUGUAGAUGGGCUCUCACAGGUACGCCUAUACAGAACAGUAUUAAAGAUCUUUGGUCGUUGAUUGCAUUCCUUGGGUUGGAACCCUUUAAAUCAAACCAUACUUGGUGGCAGAGGAUCAUCGGGAGACCGAUUGCUAACAAUGAUUCUGCUGGCAUAGAUCGGGUGCGUAAGUUGAUGAACACCCUCGCCCUGCGUCGGAUGAAAUCCCAGAAGUUAAACGGUAAACCUCUGGUGGAUCUACCGGCUCGGAAUGUCGUCCUCCAGUAUGUGGACUUCUCCGAUGAUGAGAAAGAGGUCUACAAGACCAUGGAGAAAGAUGGCAGACUGGCCGUCAGCAAAUAUUUCCAGCAAGGCACUGUCCUAGAUCACUAUGGUGAUAUUCUAGCAAUCCUCAUGAGAUUGAGACAACUCUGUUGUCAUCCUGCUCUCUGUGCUAAGGCUGCUGCUAACCUAUGCCACGCUACUGAUGUUAGUGAGAAGACGGAUGAAGAAAAGGCUCAGCUGGUAGCAACCUUGGUCUCGUUCCUUAGUCAAGGAGCUGAUGAGGAGUGUUGCAUCUGCCUAGAGUCCAUCCAAGAUCCUGUCAUUACAAGAUGUGCCCAUGUCUUCUGUCAGAGGUGUAUUGGAGAGGUCAUCAUCUCAGAAAAGGAACGUGCGCGCUGCCCUCUUUGUCGUCACCCGGUAAGCCGAGAGUCCCUUGUCCAUGUGCCAAAGGAUAGAUCAGAUACUGGAAAUGAAGAUACAGAAGGAGAGUGGCAUUCAAGUGCAAAGGUGGAUGCAUUGAUGGAGUGUUUGCUGACACAGAGGGCAGCAGACAAGACAACAAAGAGUGUUGUUGUUUCUCAGUUCACCUCAUUCCUUGACUUGCUGAAGAAACCCCUCAGUGAGAAGGGUUUCAAGUUCACCCGUCUUGAUGGCUCCAUGUCACGCGUUGCUCGUACCGAGGCUAUAAGAGAGUUCAGCAGUGAUGAUCCAGACUCACCACAAGUCUUCCUCUUAUCACUCAAGGCUGGAGGGGUCGGUCUGAACCUGACGGCAGCUUCCAGGCUAUAUCUCCUUGACCCUGCAUGGAACCCGGCAUGUGAAGAGCAGUGCUUUGACAGAUGCCAUCGGCUGGGACAAACCAAAGAUGUCACCAUUACUAAAUUCCUGGUGCGUAACAGCGUUGAGGAAGCCAUGCUUCAGCUUCAAGAGAAGAAGAGGCAGCUGAUGAAGAGCGUCUUUGACGGCAAGAAGCAAACACCUGAAGAAAGACGACAGAACCGGGUCAGGGAUAUCAAGAUCCUCAUGGGAAUGAAUAGCCAGCAGUAGGAUGAGAAAGAAGACCUGCAGAAGGUUCGCGGAAGAGAGGGCUUGAUGGCAGUGGUAGGUUUGUCGGAUUCAGCUUAGAACAAAAGAACCAUUAAAAUACCCAUUGAGCUUAAUAACCAAAAAAGAUAAAGAUUGCAAUUAAAGGAUGGCAGAAUUCAGAAGAUCCAGAAAAAGAUUAAAUGGAGGAGACCCAACAGAAGAUCUGCAGGGUAAGGGAUGAUGGUAAUGGCAGUGAAAGGAAUGUAGAAAUUCAGUUGACAGAACUUAGUCAGAGACAUCAAAAUUGCCAGAAAGUUAAAGAUGGCAGCUGCAACAUGAUUGUGGAAUCCAUUCAGCAGAACAGAAUUGGAGAAAUCAACAUCCUCAGGGAAAUGAACAACAGGGCUUUAGGAGAAGCGAUGAUGAUAUCAUUAAAAGGAUUGCAAAACUUUGGAAUAAACUAUUCAAAAUAUUAUGAUUCAAUGUAUAUUACAAGAGUGUCUUAUUUAUGUGUACAUUCCCUCCAUUUAGGUAUAAUGCAGCUGAUUUUAUUUUACUCAAACUAUAUGGUAUGGUGUUACAUAAAUUUUUGUGUGCAUUUAAGCAGUUUUCAUACCAUUUCGGCAGAGUAUGAUUACAUGCAGCCACUAUAUACUCAUUUGAUGGGAAGCCGUCUGUGGAGGCCCAAGAUGUGGCUGUAUCAUAAACUACCUAUCCCUAUUAAAAUCAGUGGUAAAAUGACCUUGUUCCAAACAGUUACGAAAUAAAUUGAACGAAUCUACAUCAUUUUUCAGUGGAGUCUAAUUUUCCAUGCUUUACACCACUGAAUUUCAUAUUUGGUGUAUAGAAUUUUUCCAUAUGGUCAUGAAAAUGCAGAAAUUCACAAAACGAAAACAUAAUGUACGAUAGCAUACUUCGUACUCCUUAAUUUGUAAUAUUAACUAGUAUAGGCCCUACAUGUAAAUGGGAUAUGUUGCCCCCCAUUGUUGAACUUCAUAUAUCCAGUAAGAAGAGAUAUUUUGUCGUUGCUAUAAAAAAAAUGGAUUGAGUAGCAAUGCGUUACAUCCAUUACUAGUUGCUUCUCAGAUAAUAUUUUCUCUGCAAUACUUUUGUUAUGUAGUCUCCAUAACCCCUGAUGACUUGCCUGUUAAAAGCCUUGAACAUGUAUCUCAAAAAUCUGAGAAAUUCAAGGACAGUUCAGAAAGUGGUUUGUUUUAAGAGGUAGGACAUAAAUUGAAACCUUUUGCAUAGAGAGAGGUCUAUUCAGGAUUUAAGAGACUGUUUUCAUACGAAAUGAGCUUGCCACCAUUUCAAAAUGCUGCUUUUCCUGAGCUGCCAUCAUUUUCCUGUUAUUUGUGGUACAAGGCUUUUUUACCCCAAUGAAGAUUUGCAUAUUUCCUGACUGUCUCCCUCAGUACACCAUCAUUUCUUAAAUGAAGUAAUGACAGAAUUACAAAACCAAAGAUGUUCUUAUAUGUUUUAUUAAAGUCUUCCGUUAUUUUUAUUCAUUGUUAUAUAAUUAUUAUGACCUUUUUGUAUUCCAUUUUUCUUGCGUUUUCAUUGUAUGUUAACAUAUAUUCUUAGCAUAGAUUAUGGCUGUGCCAAAAGUAGAUAAAAACAUGUAGAUAUUUUUUCAAAGACAUAUUUAUGAGCCAUUUCAGUACUUUUUCUUGUUUAUGUCGAUACACAGUGCUAAUUUAUUGCCAAGUAUUUGGUGUGCGUUGUUUACAGAUGAAACUUGUUUAUUUUGUAGCUGUAGGUACUUGUAGAAAGCUUCAUGAGGAGGCUUGUGGAUGUGUUUAUUUAUGAUAUACCGUUUAAGAUACUUAGAUUGACUGUCCUCUCUUUCUUGUAUUUUAGGGAAAAUGAAAAAAAAAGAAAGUUUUGAAAUUACACAAAAUAAAUACAAUCAUUACUUGUGGCAAUCGAAUGCACCUUAUAUUGCAUGUUAUAUGUUGACAUGAUUUGUUUUCAUUCUAAUAUGCAAAGGCAGAGCUUCCAAAGACCCGAGUAGAUAGUUACAUAUAGGGUACAUGUAAACCUGCAUUGCAAAUACCUGAACUGGUUUAUGGUAUACAUUGUAAAUGCAUAAUUUUUAUGUAUUUUUAUGAUACAUUUCUUUUCUUUAAAGAAUAUUGACAAAAAUGGCAACAUGAUGAUGAACUUUAAUAUUCAUAUUUGUGGCAAUGAGCCUACGGUACUUGUUUAUUGAUGUGAUAUUGCAUGCCUUAUGUUCGGUGUUUCUCUUCCUACUCUUGAUGUUGAUACAAAAAAGUACCAGCAUGAUGUAGAUAAAAUUGUAUGGCAUUUUUUUCUUUGCUGACCUUGAUUUUAUAUUUUAACAUGUGUUGUUUUAUUGUUUGCCAUUUCUAUGUUUUUCAGUGACUGGCAAUCAUACUUUAAAGCCAAAACAUUUUAGAUGGUAUUCCUUGCAUUUGGUUUUGUUUAUACCUGUAAAAAAAGGGUAAAGAACAGUAUUAACACGUACCUGAAUUUAUUGAUGUACAGUGUAUAUGAUAUUCUACUUUCUCUUGUGCAAAAGAAAACAUUGAAAUGAAAAUGAAACUAAGCAGAUAUACAUGUACCUCAAUUUGACUCAAAAACAUUUCAAAUUACAACUUUAUUUCUUGCCAUUCUCAUUCAGUUACAUUAACUUACCAAAAUUGAUACAAAUUGUUGAAAAAUGUAUUUUGACAUUGCGAAUGUCAAUAAGAGUGAUUCCAGUUAUCUCAUUAUGUUGUAAUUUUCUGUGAUCUUUCCCGCUCAAUUGAUUUGUUUCUGUUAGAAAUCGACUUUAAUGAUUAAUUGAGCUAUUAUGCCCCCAUGACUUCAUGAAUAAGACAAAUUUCAAGAUGAUUAGUUCAAUCUGACGAUGUGUCUUGGUACUUUCAUUUUAUAAUCUCAAUAACUCCUGAACAAUGGUUAUUACGCAACAAUCAUAUGAACACUGUUUUGUUAUGAUGGAUUUUCAUGGGACUAAAUUUCAGUCUUGAUCACAUAUUGGUCACUUUGUUCUUGGAUGCGUAUUCACAUGUGUAUUCAUUUGAGUUACAAACAUUGUUUCAUGGUAAACAUGAUUAAACUCUGUU